GUGUGUGUGUGUAAUAUGAUUAAUGUGAGCGCAGUGCAGUACUUAACGUUAGGUUCUGCUCACAAGUCAAUUGCGCUCUCGCUCAGGUGGUACGCAAUACUGAUAGCCGGAACAGUUUUAGUUUUCAAUGGGGGGCAGGUGUCGAAGCUAUCUUCGAAAAAAGCGAGGAAGUCUCAAGCCAAACGUGUACGACAAGCAACGUGCAACAUGGAUGCAGCUACUGCCACAUUGCCUGGCGAGCCUAGCAGCAACAACAGCAACACUACGGAUCGCGUAGAUCCAGACAACAUUGGCUGGUCACGAAACACAACUGGCGACAGCGAAACGUCUCCAUCGUCCGAGCUGCGACAACGUUCCACUUCAUAUUCGUUUACGGGCAGCGCCCUGGCCAGCGGCAAUGUAGCAGACCUCAAUGAAGCAGCAGGCGCCAGCGCCGGCGCCACAUCCUCAGCCUCAACAGCAAACAAAGAGGGCGGCAGCACUACUAGCAAUGAUAACGAUAAGGAUCAGAGCGAUGAAUCGUUAUACGAGUGCAAUAUAUGCUUGGAUACAGCCAAGGAUGCGGUGGUCAGCAUGUGUGGUCAUCUAUUCUGUUGGCCCUGUCUGCAUCAAUGGCUGCUAACGCGUCCCAAUCGCAAAUUAUGUCCCGUUUGCAAGGCAGCUGUUGAUAAAGACAAGGUCAUACCGCUUUAUGGUCGCAACAGCACUCGCCAGGAGGAUCCACGCAACAAGGUGCCACCACGUCCACCUGGCCAGCGCACAGAGCCUGAGCCGGCUCCAGGUUUUCCUGGCUUUGGCUUUGGCGAGAGCUUUCACAUGUCCUUUGGCAUAGGCGCUUUUCCCUUUGGAUUCUUUACAUCAUCGCUUAACUUUGGCGAGCCGCGUCCCGAUGCGGCCAAUCGCGGCACCACACAGUACGAUGAGGAGCAGACGCUGUCCCGAUUGUUUCUGUAUCUCGCCUUUCUGUGCAUUGGCUGGCUGCUAUUUGCUUAGCAAUUUCAAUUGGCAGCGCAACAACAACAACAAACAAACAACAACAACCACCACCACCAACACCACAAACAUAAGAAUUAAAAUAAUAGCCACAGUUUGUAGAAGAAUAGCAAAAACACAGAGUUUACGGCAAGGAUUACUUCUCUAAUACAACUACACACACACACACAUAAAUGCGAAUGCGAUUCGAAAAACAGUAUCCUUGAAAAAUUCCCAGCAGUCUGUUGCUGUCUUAAAAUUUUAAUUUUUAACAUUAACUCUACGUUUUGUUCUUGGAUAUCAAUUGUACAUUAUUAUUAUACUUUCUCGUCUUUAUUUCUUUUCGUAGAUAUGCUGGCAUUUGUAGAAAUGAUUGUACGCUGUUUUAGAAAACCAAAUAUAUAUUCAUGCCACAUGCUACAUGUCACACGCCCUAGCCGUGUCCAACAAUUGAAAGGCACACACAAUCCUUUCUACAUGCGCUUGCUACACGCAAAUGAUUCAACGUAUAUAUAUAUAUAAACGUGCAUGUAUUGUAUUAAUAAAUAUAAAAACAAAAUUGAAAACAACAAAAGCUAAAGCAAAAUAGAUGAAAAAUGCCAAAACGUAUAAAAAACAAUUAUAUGAAAGACAUUAGGGGGCAUGUAGAGAGCGUAACUCUUAUUUGGAUUUUUAUAUAUUUUACACAAAACCCAAGUGAAGUUGCAAUAUGUGUUGCGUUGUUUAUUUUUUAAAUUUUUUUUCAUCUGUAUGUAAUAUGAAUGU